GUUCUUUAUUCUCAUUCCAUUUUCCUCAGCUAUACCAUCCAUGACUGAUACCACUUCGCCGACACUUUCAGGGUUGCCAGGUCCAGCAUUCACGACGAGAACGCGACCUGACCUCGUUGCCGCUACUAGCGCGGUAGAGUCCAAGUCUGAUGAUCAUGAAGGCGAAAGUGUGACAUACAAGUUGCUUUAUUUCAAACUACAUGGCAUGGCUGCAACCACGCGGAUCCUUCUCGCGAUCAGUGGCUUCAGAUGGGAGGAUGUGUAUCCCAGCGACUGGUCCAAGGAGAAAGAAAAGGUCCCUCUAGGCGUAAUGCCCGUUCUUUACGAGAUUCACUCCAACCAAGACCCUCGAGACCCCUUCGUUCUCGAGAUUCCAGAGUCCGAGGCGAUUGAGCGUUACUUGGCCCGUAAAUUGGGGCUCCUCGGUAGGGAUCUCUGGGAAGAAACCGCGAUCAACGUGUUCUAUUGCUCCUCCAACGCGGUCAUGUCGCUGUAUGUCAACAAGGUCCUGCUGGCGUUCUCCGAUACGAAGGCUCGGGAACUGAUCAAGUUCGUCAGCAAAGAUAUCCCAGUUUGGAUCACGCAGCAUGAGAAGUGGCUGCAACGGAACGGGACGAAUGGAUUUUACGUCGGCGACCAGCUCUCCCUUGCUGAUAUCCGUUCGGUGGUAUGCGUUGACCGCUUCUUGACUAUCCCGGAAUGCAAGGAUUUGAUCUCGCCCAUUGCAACACCAGGCUUGUGGAAGCUCAAGCAGAACCUGGAAUCCAACCCUCGUUAUGCUGCCUGGAUCACAUCUGAAGAAUUUGAGGCCAUCAACGCGUCAACUCGUCAACGGCUCGCUGUCUUGUCUGGCUAAAAAUCAAAUAAGCAAUUCAUGAGAUACCAUAUAAUCCUUUUUCAAGGUGGAAAAAGUUAUUAUUUUUACAGGUCCUGUCCGUCGCUGUACGAGAAAUAGUCUA